AUGACUUAUUCUAAUCCCAAUUUUCGAGAACAAAUCCGAAGAGCCUAUCUGCAAAGGGGUCCUUGUCAGCCUAAAAGCGAAAACGACAUGCCUCAAACACUUAUGAGGGAGAGAAAGGCUGGAAGUGAUGUCUUCACUGAUAAAGGGUUUAAAAAUUGGAGGAAGGGACCUGAGAAUUUUAGGAACCAUGUUGGACAAGUUGGAAGUCUUCACAAUAAAGCUACACAACAUUGUAUAGAUUUAAUGAAUCAGAAGCAAUACGUUGAAACCAUUGUAAUCAAAUAUUUAUUACGACAAGGUCUUCCCUUUCGUGGCCAUGAUGAAAGUGAAACAUCUAGCAAUAAGGGUAAUUAUGUGGAGCUUUUGCAAUUUCUUGCCGAUCAUGAUGAGAAAGUUCAUGCCGUUGUGUUUGAGAACGCUCCAGGGAAUCUCAAGUAUAUUGCUCCUAAAAUUCAAAAAGAUCUUGUCAAUUCUUGUGUCUCUGAAACCAUUGAUGCAAUUAUUAGUGAUAUAGACGAUGCAUUCUUUUCUAUAUUGGUAAAUGAAUCACGUGAUGUUUCAAUAAGAGAGCAAAUGGCGGUGGUGUUGUGUUAUGUGAACCAAAAAGGGCAAGUUAUUGAAAGGUUUGUGGGUGUCAAAUAUGUCUCUGAUACGACUAGUAGCAAAUUGAAAGAGGUAAUUGAGCAGUUGAUUUCUUCAACAAAUUUGAGCAUAUCCAGGCUACGAGGACAAGGGUAUGAUGGUGUUUGUAAUAUGAUAGGUGAGCUCAAUGGUCUUAAAACACAUAUUUUGAGAGAAUAUCCUCAAGCAUAUUAUGUCCAUUGUUUUGCGCAUCAACUACAACUAGCUCUUGUAGCCGUGACAAAGGGAAAUGAAAACAUUGCUACUUUCUUCACAAUGGCUAGUAGUGUUGUUAACAUUAUUGGAGCAUCGUGUAAGCGUCGUGAUGCACUUCGAGAGCAACAACAAAAAGAUAUUAUGAAAGCUCUUGAAAUUGAUGAUCUCGAAACAGGGCAAAGUUUAAAUCAAGAGACUACUCUCAAACGUCCUUAUGAUACACGUUGGAACUGA